CUGGUAAUUAUCAGUGGUGAUACCGUACAGUACCUUCCACUCUUGGCCUCUCUGUUAAUGCCUCGGCUUAUUCACGGUCUAACUCUGUGACACUAACUAACAAAUGGUUGAAACAACAAUCGUAUCUUACAAAGUUUACCAUCUUUUACCCACAGAAGCUUUGCUCGACCAUUCGGCUUCUACGACAGGGAUCCUAGGAGCUUGCAAUCAGUGGAUGAUGAUGAGUUGCGGAUUCGAAGAUUGAAAGGGAAACGCAGUGGAACCAAAGCUGGGCAAGCUCCAGACUCUUGCCUGCCGGGAGGCAGCUAUGUGAUUUAUCGAUGAACGAUAAGCGAUAAGCAGCCCGUGGCUGGUGCAGCGACCCACUUAUUCUUCACUCCAAGUGCACUGUAGUCGCCGCCAAUUGUUCAAGGACAACGCUCUCUUCCUCAACUGUUUCACUUAUUGAUCGAUCUACCAAAGCUUCAUCAUGGUGGGCUUCUCCUUUGGACUGAAAAAGGCCGCGGCCUCCUCAAAACCAGCGCCGGCCAAGAGGAAACCCGCGACCUUCGGCGGCGAUGACGAUGACGAAAACACGACAGCUGGAGAUGGCCAGCCCAAGCCCAUCGCCGCCAUUGAAAUCACCGAAUUGGACGGUUUCGACGAUAACACGAGCACCCCUAUAGAGACAGGAGAUGAAGACCGCAAAUCGAAAAAGAAAUCAAAGGGACUACCACAACCACCACCGCCCGUGUCCGCAUCAGCAUCAACAUCAUCAGCAUCAGCAUCCUCAAACAAGAAAGCACCUCCCGUCGCCGCCCAAUUCGGCGACCUCUCCUCCGCCCUCGAAUCGCGCAAAUACGCCCAAGCCGCCGCCGACGCCGACCCCUCCAUCUACGACUACGACGCCGUCUACGACUCCUUCAAGGUUCCCCAAAAGAAAGAAAAGGAAGCCGACAACAAGGAAAAGCGGCCCCGGUACUUUGACGCUUUACAAAAAGCGGCCGAGACGCGCGAGCGCGACCGGGCGAUCGCCGAAGAGAAGAAACUAAAACGCGAGCGCGAAGCCGAGGGGGACGCGUUUGCCGAUAAAGAGAAAUUCGUCACGGAGGCGUACAAGCGCCAGCAGGAAGAAAACCGACGGCUGGAAGAAGAAGAGAAGAAGAGGGAGGAGGAAGAGGCGAAGAAGAAUAAGAAUAAAGGGUUAACGGACUUUUAUAAGCAGAUGCUGGAGAAGGAGGAGCUGGAGCAUGUGGCGAAGAUGAAGGCUGUUGAGGAGCGGGUUAAGGCUGGGCCGGAAGCUGCACAGCAGAAGAAAGAGGGGGAGGAAGGGGAAGGGGAAGGGCAAGAAGAAGAGCAGGACGCGGAAAAGAGGGCGGCGGAAAAGGCGAAAGAGAUUAAUGCCAUGGGCGGCAACGUCAUUAUCAAUGAUGACGGUGAGGUGGUGGACAAGCGACAACUGCUCAAGGGCGGUUUGAACGUGGCGCCCAAGAAGAAGGUCGAACACCAACAGGAGAAGGCUCGGCAGGCGGCAAAGCCCGCUGCGGCAAGCGGACCGGCUAAGGGCGUGUUCCAUGGCGGAAACAAGCAGGCAAUGCGGGAAAGACAGACGCGCAUGCUGGAGGCUCAGCUUGAGGAGAGGCUUAAACGGGCGAGAGAGGAAGAAGAGGAAGAGAGGAAGAAGGUGGAGCUGGUGGCCAAGAGUAGGAAGACGGAGGCGGAUAUCUCGAGCGCGAAGGAGCGGUACCUGGCGAGAAAGAGGGCGGCCGAGGAGGCAAAGAAGAAGGGGCUGGAGGAGGGUGCUGCGCCGUAGUGUUGUUUUCUGAACAGCUCGGUUUUGUUAUGUUUUUAACUUGUUUAGUUUCCGUUUUUGUUGACAUGAGAUACCCCCUUCUUUUUGGGAACCUGGCCCAGACCACGCCCAGUCCCCAGUAAAAGCAUAUGCCAGAAGAAGGAAAAUAAAUGCUACUUUUCCAAAGGUCUAUAAAAAAGCCUUGUGCCCCGUUUUCCUUCCCUUUCUACCUAUACCAUUUCCCUUGCCCGUAAUUGCGCUGAUGUUGAUACACACGUACGUAUACGGUACGGAAAACGAUGUCACCUCCCCAACCUAAACAGCCGCUCUUUUUCCCUUCGUUCGUUCGUUCCUUGCUUUUCGCUUCUCUGCUCUAGCCUGCCCUCUUACAUUUCCAACCCUCAGCCGUAACCGGACCCUAUGCC